AUGGCGUCGACGCUCCCCCGCCUGCCCGUGUUCGAGGCCAUCAAGCAGCACGAUGCCCAGAGCACCGCCGUCGUCCACUCGCUGUCGGGCCGCCGCUUCACCUACCGCGAGCUGCUCAACGACGUCGCCGCCGCCAAGGACCAGCUGCAGCGCAACACGGGCGGCAAGAGCGCAGAGGGCGCGCGCAUCUCGUUCCUCGUCGAGAACGGCUACGACUACGUGGUGACGCUGCUGUCCAUCCUCGCUGCCCACGCCAUCGCCGUGCCGCUGUCGCCCACGUUCCCCGCCCACGAGCUGCGCUACAUCGUCGACCAGAGCGAGUCCCUCGUGCUGCUCUCGUCGGCCAAGUUCCAGGACAAGGCCGACGAGAUCCUGAAGCAGGACAUGGCCACGAGCCCCAUCAGCUGGAAGCGCGAGAAGAUCAUGACGGGCCGGACCGACGACUACGUCACCCUCCACGAGCCCACGAGCACAGAGGGCGGCAUGAUGCUCUACACCUCCGGCACCACAAGCCGCCCCAAAGGUGUCCUGCUGCCCCAAGACGUCCUGACGGCCCAGUCCAGGUCGCUGCUGGAGGCCUGGAACUACACGGCCAACGAUGUGCUGCUGCACGUGCUUCCGCUGCACCACAUCCACGGCACCGUCAACGCGCUGCUGACCCCGCUCUUUGCCGGUAGCGUCAUCGAGUUCCAGUUUCCCUUCAACGCGCAAGCUGCCUGGGAACGCCUCGCUGCGCCCUUCCUGCCCAACCCAGACCCCGCAAAGAAGCCCAUUACCUUGCUCACAGUCGUGCCCACCAUCUACACACGCUUCCUCUCCUCACACUGCGGCUUGACCCCAGAGCUCCAGGCUGCGACCAAGACCGCCCUACACCCCUCGAACCUACGGCUGAACAUCUCAGGCUCCGCUGCCCUCCCAACCCCUGUAAAGUCCGCCUGGUCAGAGCUGAGCGGAGGCAACGUCCUGCUCGAGCGCUACGGCAUGACAGAGGUCGGAAUGGCACUUUCUUGUGGUCUCGACUUUGCCGAUCGAGUGGACGGGUCCGUAGGCUGGCCACUGCCCUCGGUCCAGGCGCGUCUCGCCGACACGGAAACAGGAGAGAUCAUCAGGGAAGGCGAGGAGAUGGACACAGCCACAGGCCGCGAGCGACACGGCGAGAUCCAGCUUCGCGGCCCCACCAUCUUCCGUGAAUACUGGAAGAACCCGGAAGCCACGACGAAAGAAUUCACACACGACGCGGACGGCCAGGGCAAGUGGUUCAAGACCGGCGAUGUGGCCAUCCGAAAGACGGUAGAAGGCGCAGGCAAGAGCGAGCAAGAGUGGGCCAAAGGACCUCUCUACUUCAUCCAAGGCCGCAAAUCGGCCGACAUUAUCAAAACUGGCGGCGAGAAGGUCUCUGCGCUGGAAAUCGAGCGCGAGAUGCUCUCUCUGCCCUACAUCUCCGAGGUUGCCGUCGUCGGCCUCCCAUCCGAAGCAUGGGGCCAGAAAGUCGCCGCCGUCGUCGUGCUAUCUGAGCAGGGCAAGACGGCGGGCAGAGGAGGCAAGGCAUGGUCAGCGCUGGACAUGAGGAGGGCACUAAAGGACAUGCUCGCCAACUACAAAAUACCCCAGGAGAUGAAGGUCGUAGAGACCAUCCCAAGGAACGCAAUGGGCAAAAUCAACAAGAAGCAACUCGUCAUCCAGAUCUGGGGCGAGCCGCUGCAGGGCGGCAAGGAAACCGGCGCCGUGCAGGUGCCGAAUGGAAGUGUAUAG